AUGCUACUCACACGUUUCUCCAUCGUCACCAUACUAUUCAUUAUUGGUAUUCAUGGUAUCAUUCUUCUUAAAUUAGGACGAAUAAAUUUUGUACAAAAAUCAACUAUAAAUAAAACUACUCCUUAUUCAUAUUAUUUAUGUACACAAAUAUUUAAUGAAUCGGAUUUAUAUUUAACUGAAUGGAUUGAAUUUCAAUUAAAUGUAAUUGGUUUUAAAAAUAUUUGUUUGAUUAAUGUUGGAGAAAAUUUAAAUAAAACAUUAUUAUCACGUUAUUCAAUAAAUAUUAUUAAUAAAAAAGAACGACAACAAGAAUUUCAUUAUUGUUUAGCAUGUUUAAAUCAAUCAAUGAAAUCAAAUGAUCUUCUAUUUAUUCAAGAUGUCGAUGAAUUUUUAAAUGUAAGACAAGCAGAUAUUAUUUAUAAAAACUAUGAUAAAUAUGAUAAAUUUCAUUUUCAAGAAAUUCGUUAUGGAUAUAUUUAUGAUACUAAUCAAGAAAUGAUAAAUCGAUCUUUAUUAGAGACAAAUAUUUAUCGAAAACCACAUGAAGCUCUUGGUGAAUUUUCAAGUGACGAUCUUAGAAAAUUAUUUAAUUGUAAAAUACGAGAUAAAUGGUAUUCAUGUCAUGAAGGACAUGGAAAGGAAAUGAUAAAAGUUGGUAAAAUUAAACAAUUAGGUACACAUUUUCAUCAAUCAACUCCAAAAGUUAAUGGCACAGGAGAUACACUUUUUGUUCAAAUGAGACACAUUCGUCUUAAUCAUUAUGUUAUGCGAACACGUGAAGAUGGAAUACAACAAGCUAUAAAAUGGAAUAAAGGCGAAUCAAAACUGGGUCGAAAAGGAGAAAUCGAUAGAAAUUCUCCAUUUUAUCAUCAUCGUCGUAUUUAUAUUGAUAUUGGUUGUUUUAAUGGUGAAACAAUUGAAUAUUUUAUUCAUUUUACUAUGAAUAGUGCAUUCUAUGAAAUUUAUACAUUUGAACCUGAUCCAGAUAAUUAUCGUUUAUGUAAACAACGUUUAUCACAAAGAAAAUAUAAAAAUUUAAAUAUAAAAAUUAUACAAAAAGUUGCUUGGAUACGUGAUGAAAGAGUUUAUUAUCGAACUGAACGUGGACGACAAAGUCGAAUUAGUUUAAAUGUUACUGAGGAUGAUGGUGAAUCAAUUGAAUUAGAUGCAAUUGAUUUUUCAUCUUGGCUUGCACGUUUAGUUAAACCAAAUGAAGCUCUUAUGCAUAUUAAAAUGAGUAUGCCUGGAGCAGAAGUACCAGUUUUAGAAAAAAUGAUUCGUGAUAAUACAUUAGGUUUAGCAAAUAAAUAUGAAGUUGAAUGGAUAGAUAGAAAUAAUCCACGUAUUCGUCCUAUACGAAUUUAUAUACAAUUAAUGUUUGAUAGUUAUGGUUUUGAAUGUCUUUAUUAUACACGUGUACAAGAUGCGAAAAAAGUUUAUCAGAUGAAUGGUGCAUUUGAUAAUGUAACAAAAUAUUAUGAUUGGAGAAAACUUAGUGAAUCUGAUACAUUAGCUCAUUAUGUUGAACGACCUGAUAUGUUGAUAAUAGAAAAUAUGAUUUAG